AUGUUCCAAUGUCCAAAAUGCCAAAGGACCUUCGCGGUGAGGAAAAGUUUGUUGAGACACUGUAGAGCGAGGUGCAGCCAGGAUGAGGAGCCCGCAUCCAAGCGUCCAUGUAAUGCAACCGCUCCACGCAGCACUGCAGACAAGUGGGAAUGUCCUCGAUGCCGGCAAAAAUUCUCGGCACGAAAAGGUUUACUGCGACAUGGUAGAGAGGUCUGCACAAGCGAGAAGAGUCCACCCGAACAACAACGUGUAGAAGCUAGCAUCACCCAGACCACCACAGGACUCAAUACCAGACGACUGGAUCCUUCAACAGCCAACGUUGCAAUACCGGGACCGAGUCGAAUGAGUCCAACCACCAGUAACGACUCACAGACGAGUGCGGAAAGCAGAACAAUUCGCUGUGAUAGUUGCAACUGUGAGGUACCGAGGAAUGCACAUGCAGCACAUCUGAAAAGCAUCAAACAUAAGGCACAUCUAUGGACACCUUUACACAAUAAUGUGUCACACCAAUAUAGUAAUAAGGUGUCUUUAGCAUACACGGACACUGAUUCGUUAAUAGUACAUGUUGAAACCGAUAAUUUCUAUGAAGACAUGAAAUCACACGUGCAUUACUUUGACACAUCCAAUUAUGAUGCUGACAACCCACAUAACAUGCCUCGAACAGCGUCAGAGUUGGGUAAGAUGAAAGACGAAUAUGGUGGCAAGGUACUGUCUGCCUUUUAUGGUACAGGUCCCACAGCAUACUGUAUCGAUGCUGUAGAUCAAGUGGCUAAACGAGCUAAAGAUAGUUACUACCCCGAUGUGCUUUCCAGUGUAAUAACAAGAAAGAAAUAUCUUGACUGGGUGGUACAGGAAACGCUGCAAAGUCUAAAGGAUACAGGUUGUGAGGUUUUAAGCAUCAAAGAAUUUGGAGACCUGCUGACGAACAUGCACUCCACACCAUCAGCAUAUGAACAAUACUAUUUCUGUAAGUUGUUAUCUGACAGUAACUAUGAAGAUGUAGAUAAACCACAUCCUGUAGAAAAUAUUACUAAGAGAUAUAAAAACACUGUAUCCCAUAUCGAUGAAACCAUAUGUAAAAUUGCAUAUCUGGCUGAUUGUGCAUCACUGAAGAGUCUAAUCGAUGUGAUACAGCAGCAUGAUAUUAAAUUUGUAUUUGAUAUAGAAAAUAAGAUAAGACAUUAUACUGUAUUUAAAUGGUUAAAGAAAAACGUAGCUAAAGAUCGGUGGAGUAAUGUAGUUUAUUUGGGUAAAGAGACCGUAUUGAAGUUAUUUCAAUUAGCCCCGCUGAUUGCCUAUACGAUGAAUAUGUUGAAAACUCAGGAGUUCCAGGAUGUACAAACCAAGCACAUCGAUGUGCGAGACUUCAUUAUGCAACACAUCUCUGAUUUGCCGCAUUCGGAGAACAUCAGGACUGCUAUGGAGCUGGCAUACCAAUAUCCAAACUUGAAAGAAUUCAACAAGGCUCCAACACUGAACUUUUAUUCAAAUUACUUAUCCUAA